AUGUGUGUGCCUGAUCGUAUGCAUCAUGCAGGCCUUGGACUUUUUAAAUAUCAAUUGCAAUUCACGGUCAAACUGUUAAUUUUACGAUAUGGUAAUGGUCCAAUAAAGAAUCUUGAGGAACAUCUUUCUCGAAUUCCUCGCCACCCAAACCUUAAGGUUUUCAAAAAUGGUUUUGACAAAUUUAAGCAAUUAACUGCGGCAGAAUAUAGGGAUUUAAUGAAAAUAGAUAUUGAGAAUGAAACUAUCUUAAUUAAAGCAUUCGAGCAUGCUUAUUUAGAUAACGAUUAUAAGGUAAUUAUUCGUACAUCCUCUAGCUAUUAUGGACAGAAGGCUUUCUCAGAUGUUUGUGUUGAAAUGGAUGAAUCAGAACAAAAUGAUUAUCUGACAGAUGGUGGCUUAUGUUACACAAAG